UCUAGUAUAUCCAGGUAGGUAAACUCAUCUGAAAUCAAUGUAGUUAAAUUCAAAAUUGUCUGGUUAUCGGAAUCGAGAGACAGACUGACAGACCAUGACACAGAUAGACAAUACUUUUAUCAAGUUGCGAGCCCAAUUACGGGAGCGGGAUAUUAAGUUGUGGGAGGAGCCAUAUUAUCUCGACGGAGUGGGCAGCAUUGAGUCAGAGAUGGAUCGAUUGGCGGGCACUUUGAGCGGAGAUCUGGGAAUAAGUGUGUCCAACUGCCGGUGUGCCCUGACGGAAAUGCAGGAUAGUGCUCUAAGGAAAUUGGCAGCACGCAAGGAGUUCACUGAGACUGGUCUGGCCACCUUCAAUGUGAGGUGUGUGGACAGCAAAGGUGGCACUGCGCAAAUAGUAGAGGUCAAGUGCUCUCUGGGGGCCCCAGGAUCGGAACUACAGAAUGCGGUGUCAAAGAGAAUGGGAUUGACUGACCCGAGUCAUGUGAAGUGCAUUUCGGCAGGUCGCAUUAUCGAUGGACAGCGAACUCUGGCCGCUCAGGGUGUGAAGAACGGUCAGCAAUUGAUGAUAGUGGUGGGCAGUCAAGUGCAAGGCCAGGAGCUGCAUGAACGUAUCCAGAGGAUACGAGCGGAUGUGGAGGUGAUUGUGGAUGCCGAUCACCGGUUCAUGCAAAUGGAGGAUCAAAAUGGACGUCAGAUUUUUCUGCCGCCCAUCGAGAAUCGAUCCCUGCUCAUGGCCAUGAGCAUGUACGAGAAGGGCAGAGCUGCCAUUCAAAGGGAACAAUUCGAUGAGGCCUUACUCUUGCUCCUAGAAGCCGAUGAAUUGUUCUCCCAAUGCAACUCAAAAUUCCUGGAAGCGGUGGACAAUUAUGCCCUGCUUAACCUGGACAUUGUGUGGUGCUACCUUUGCCUGAAGAAUAUCACUCAAUUACCGGAUGCCCAGCGCCGCUUGGAGAUCUGUGAGAAGACCUUUCGCCUCAGCUAUGGUGAUCAGUUCGAUCGAUUGUACUCCAUCAAGGGAUCAAGUUGUCCGGAGCGAGCUCUUAUCAUGAGGCUACGCCUGUUGCAAGGUGUGGUUUUCUUUCACCAGAAUCGCCGAGAUGAGGCCUACGAAAGACUGGAGGAGGCUGGCAAAGCUUUGGACGAGCUAAAGGCCUCCGACGACCACAUUUCCCUCCUAGUCGAAAUGGGUUACGAUGAAUCGGAAGCCAGGCUAGCACUGAGGUCCUGUGGCGGCAAUGUGGACAGAGCCAUUCAGUUCAUCCAGGAACGCAGGGAGAAGAUAAGCGAAGAGCGGAAAACCUCGGCGCGUGUGAGCCAACUUAACCAGGAGCUGAAAGAGGGAAAUUCGAAUCGAGGAUGGAUAGAUCCUAGGGGCGUUGCGAGGCUAAUAGAAAUGGGCUAUGAGCGACGUUUGGUGGUGGAAGCCCUAAAGAGGACCAAGAAUAACAUAGACCGAAGUCUGGAUCUUCUGCAGAACCAUUCCGAAGAGCUGAGAGCCAAUUUGCCACCAGCUCUUGCUGUAGAUGAAACGUUACUGUCUACCCUCCAGCAACUUGGGUUCCAGGCCCCGUCCGCUCGAGUUGCUUUGGAAACCACUGAAAAUGAUUUUCCAAAGGCCGUUGAGUAUCUGCUGAAAAGCUUUGCUAGCAAAAGCGAACUAGUGGGUGUGAUCCGAGCUAUGACAAGAAUACUGGAGGAAAAUGGUCCCUCAGGAUCGAAUAGGGCUACCAACAACAAUGACCCCUCUCUCUUUGCCAACUUUUCCGGCAGUAAGUUAACCCUCAUCCAAAGGGCUCUCAGUCAGGCCAAAUCGGAGAUGGAAACAUAUACUGCCUUCAAGAGAUUUAACGAGGAUCUCUCUGAUAACAAUCCCGACUAUUUGGAUUUGCCGCUGAUUCAGGAGGAGCAAAUCCUCAUAGAGUACAGGCAAUUGUUGGAGCGUUAAUGACGGUAUUUUUUAUUUAAAGCCUGUACAAAAAUUUAAGAUUAUCCCAUAGAAGUAGAAUUAUCUAAAUGUAUGAGAACACGAUA